GGCCUCUAAGGCUAACCCCAGGCAACCGACCCCCUUAGCCCUCCACUUCACGUUUUUGCACUGAUUUUCUUCUAAUCGUAUAGUAUUUUAUUGUACGUGAGCCACGCCCUGGUUUCUUAAAGGCACCUUGCACUCUUUUUGGCCAUGUGUUAUCACUGCAGCUGGCUUGUGGGAAUUCCCUCGUGAGCCGCCUGUUUUUCCCUUCCACCCGCCGGUCAAAUAUUUGGGGAUGCCCGGGGGGAAGAAGGUAGCUGCGGGCGGCAGCAGCAGCAGUUCCGCCCCGGCUACGGCUGCUGCCGCCGCCCCCUCUGGGAUCAGGCGUUUGGAGACCAGCGAAGGGGCCUCAGCCCAGAGAGAUGAGGAGCCAGAGGAGGAAGGGGAAGAGGACCUUCGAGACGGAGGUGUCCCCUUCUUUGUCAACCGGGGUGGGUUACCUGUGGACGAGGCCACUUGGGAAAGGAUGUGGAAGCACGUGGCCAAGAUCCACCCCGAUGGAGAGAAGGUGUCACAGCGGAUCCGUGGGGCCACGGACCUGCCCAAGAUUCCCAUACCGAGUGUGCCUACAUUCCAGCCAUCCACGCCUGUCCCUGAGCGCCUGGAAGCUGUGCAGCGCUACAUCAGGGAGCUGCAGUACAAUCACACAGGGACACAGUUCUUUGAAAUUAAGAAGAGCAGACCUCUGACAGGGCUGAUGGACCUGGCCAAGGAAAUGACCAAAGAGGCUCUGCCAAUCAAAUGCCUGGAAGCUGUGAUCCUGGGAAUUUACCUCACCAACAGCAUGCCCACCCUGGAACGCUUCCCCAUCAGCUUCAAGACCUACUUCUCAGGGAACUACUUCCGCCACAUUGUGCUGGGGGUGAACUUCGGGGGCCGCUACGGGGCCCUGGGCAUGAGCCGGCGGGAGGACCUGAUGUACAAGGCGCCCGCGUUCCGCACGCUCAGCGAGCUCGUGCUGGACUACGAGGCCGCCUACGGCCGCUGCUGGCACGUACUCAAGAAGGUGAAGCUGGGCCAGUGCGUGUCCCACGACCCGCACAGUGUGGAGCAGAUCGAGUGGAAGCACUCGGUGCUGGACGUGGAGCGGCUGGGCCGCGAGGACUUCCGCAAGGAGCUGGAACGGCACGCCCGGGACAUGCGGCUCAAGAUUGGCAAAGGGACUGGCCCUCCCUCGCCCACCAAGGACCGUAAGAAGGAUGUGUCCUCCCCGCAGCGGGGCCAAUCCAGUCCCCAUCGCAGAAAUAGUCGUGGAGAAAGACGGCCAUCCGGGGAGAAGAAGCCGUCUGAGCCCAAAGCCAUGCCAGACCUCAAUGGGUACCAGAUCCGGGUGUGA